UGCCGGUUGAAAAGUACUAAAAAUUCCUUACCGCAUUGAGUUUUUUUUUAAUGUACGUGUCCAAAUUCGAGGCGAGCAUGGGUACAAAUUUUGUUAUUUAUCUUACAUUAAGCGCUGUGCUAUGCUUAUACAAAGCAAAUGCAGAGAUAGUUAACACAAAUGUGGAAAGAACUCUUGACUUAACUUCGCAGUUGGUAAAAACCACAACGAAGAUCUCGGCGGAAGACUCAACCGGCAAACCAAUUGCCGAAUACGUGUUUUUCACAUCGGAGCCUAGCCUCUCGUACAUAUCGGUGAAGGAUAAUGCCGACAAAAACGUUCAGAUCAAGAGGAAUGAGCCAGUGAAGGGUGACGAGAGCUUUACCCUCACCUUCCCAAAGGCAUCUGCAAAGCAAACAUUCCUGGUAGAGACUGUGGCCUCCAAGGGUAUCCUCCCACAUCCCGAGGAAAUUCGGCAAAACGAUAAGCAGUUUGUAAAAUAUGUGGGCAACUUGCACCUCUUCUCGAAGUACAAGACUAAUAGCCAAAAAACCAAUGUCAAGCUCAGCUCCUCGAACAUUUUGUCGCACACCCAGGUCAAGCCCUUUUCAGUUUCUUCCAACAAGAUCACCUUGGGACCCUACGAAAACACAGAAGCCUUCAGCCAAGAGGCUUUGGUUAUCCACUAUGAGAACUCAUCUCCUUUCGUUACCGUCAACACAUUGGAACGUACCCUAGAAAUCUCUCAUUGGGGCAACAUUGCUGUCCAAGAGGCCAUUCAGAUGACCCACACCGGAGCCAAGUUGAAGGGAUCGUUCUCCCGCUACGAUUUCCAAAAGGAAGGUCGUUCUGGACUGGCAGCCCUUAAGUCUUACAAGACUUACUUGCCGGCAUCUGCAUCUGGCGUCUAUUAUCGUGACACCAAUGGCAACAUUUCGACUUCCAACAUGAAUUCCGUGCGGGACUUUAUUGAACUGGAGCUGCGCCCGCGUUUUCCUCUGUUCGGCGGUUGGAAAACGCAGUACACACUGGGAUACAAUGUUCCCUCAUACGAGUAUAUGUUCAACGAUGGCAACAAGUACCAGUUGAAAAUGCACCUAAUCGAUCACAUUUACGAUAAUAUGGCCAUCGAUGAAGCCACCAUUAAGAUUAUUUUGCCCGAGGGAUCCAGCGACAUUAGGCUUUCGACGCCCUACUCGAUAAGCAGGCUGCCCAACGAACUGGUCCACACCUAUCUGGACACCACGGGUCGUCCGGUGGUUUCUUUCUCCAAGUCCAAUUUGGUCGAAAGCCAUAUUUCAGACUUCACCCUUUACUAUAGCUUCUCAAAGAUUUCCAUGCUGCAGGAACCUCUGCUGGUUAGCGGCUUUAUUUAUAUCAUUUUUGUUUGCACUAUUGUCUUCUUACGUCUGGAUUUUUCAAUUACAUCCCACGCACAUAAAGAAUAAGUAAAUCAUAAUGUUUGCAUUGAAUAAUAGUUAUUCUCAUCAUUUAAUAAAGGAUAAACAGAAAGAAAUAAUAUUUUGCAAUAACAAAAGAAUCAAAUAAAAGCUUGCACUUAUAUGGCAAAAAAA